AUGUAUUUUACAGUAGAUGUCACGUUGUAAUUGGCUACGGCCGGGAACCACUGGGGAACUAGGCUACUCUCUAGGCUUCCCGCAUCAACAAUUUAAGGGCUUUCCAAAAGCAUUCUUCCACUUUCGGUGAAUCUGACUCACUUCACGUGCAACUAACGAAGCAAUAUAUUAUAUGGUACAACGUGAGAAACCAUGAGCUUCAGUCAACAUUCACCAGCUGAGAAUGAAGACUUUUCUCAUUCUCUUAUGCCUGCACUCUGAAGCAGUCUCUGUCAACGUCGUAGCUAGAGGAGACACCAGGGUUGACUUCAAUGCCGACGCAUCAUAUACCUGCACCCAUGCGGACUCGACAGGUGUGCUGCAAGUCACCUGGCAGAGGCUGUUCAAAGACGACUCGGUGGAGAAUCUGGCCACAUACAGCAAGCGGUUUGGAGCUCAAAUCAUAGACCCGCACCGAGGCAAGGUGGUUUUCACGGAGGCAUCUCUCAACUCGACGUCUAUUACGGUGAAGAAUGUAACAUGGUCGGACGAAGCCUGCUAUAUUUGUUCCUUCAAUGUUUACCCGAGUGGAUCAAGACGCAAGCAGACUUGUCUUACCGUUCAAGGUGUAUCUGAAGUGAGAGCCACAAUGCAAAAAGUCCCCAGCACUGAAUCUAAAGCAGACAUGGAAGUUGUGGUCAGCUGCUCUGCCACGGGUAAACCAGCACCUUGGAUCCAAUGGAACAUUUCUGCAGCAGUACCGAUAAAGACACCUAACAACUGGACUGUCAUUAACAAAGACCAAACUGUCACAGCCAUUAGCAACAUUACCCUCCAACUGUUGCCAGGCUCAGGUGGAUACGUGGACUGUAUCGUAAACAAUGGGAUGAGGACACAGAGACACGAGCGGGUCCCGCUUCCUAUUCUCCCUGGAGAGAGGGAGGUUGAAGAGGAUACGUAAUGUUGACCUAUUAUAUACUUCUAAACCGUACUCUUUUAGCGUGUCAGUACAGAACGGUCCAACUUGAAAACAACAUUGAGAACAUCAUCCCUAGCUCUAUAAAUAGUUUGCCAAAUUCUUGAUGUUAAUAGUAAACAUUUACAUUUGGGUACAUGAAUUUGGCGUUCUAUUUAACAGGCUACAUCAUCCCCAGGGGCAUGUUGUGAUAGCCUUGUGACCAGCAUCAUCGUGCAAUAGUGCAACAUUCUGUUUCCUGAGAACAGAACGCAGCGAUUUCAGGCUGGUUCCAAGAGGCUAAUGUUGUGAUGCUAUUAGUGCUGUUAGUAAUCUUAUCUCACCUGUUGGGUUUAAUGUUGACUACCAUGGUAAAGCAUCACGAGUCACUCCCUUUUAAAAUCACACUGUAGUCAAGUGUUGUGUUGAGUUCUGGGUAGUUUCCAGAUCCUCAGGGAAGCUACAUGAUACAUGAUAUGAUUGGAUAGAUGGGACAGAACAUGAUGUCAACAUGUUAUUCAAACUGAAUGCAUUAAAAAGGAAGGAUGUAAAAUUACUUGUCUUUCUCUUCUGAGUAAAUGCUGUCUCUCCAAACACAUGCUCACUGGAAUUUCAUGUUUCACCUUCCAGAUGACAAGAGGACAUCCCCGUGGGCUGUUGCCAUUCCAGUAUUCCUAAUCAUUUCCCUUUUAGUCAUCUUUGGCUGUGUCGAGCUUCAAAAGAAAAAAGGUUGCAGGCAAGCAGUGUUGACAACCACAGCAGACGAGCAGGACCCUCUUAGGAGCAUUGUGUAAACAUCUGUCUGUUGUUGCUGACCGUGCUUAUAUGCACUGUAGCUGACAGCUGUUUUUGUUGAGGACUGGAGCACCUGUUGUUACUGAGCCUGGAUGUUGAACCUUGUUGAGUCAUUCUUACGCAGUCAUAAAUAAGCUAAUUAUCACAUGCAUUAUACAAGCCAUGAUAUGGUUAAUGCUGUUUAGAGGUAUUCGAAAUGGCAUUUUAGGUUUCAGAGAUUGAUGGCCUCUUGUAGGUGAGUGUUCUGAUAUGAGGUAGGUUACCUGUUGCCUGGCUACCCAAACUCCUUGCCAAACGUUACGCCACGCCCAAGGACGUUAGUUUCUUCUUCGCAGUGAUUCUGGAUUUGAGUACCUACCCAACCUUUCACCGAAUGUCAACACAUUCUGGGCCAUCUGAUUUGUCCGGUAACGAUGGGUUGAGUCAGCUAGAACACACGUGGGUAAAACAGCAGUUUGAAAAUUCAUCAUUGGCUUUUACUCUGAUUGGUUAGAGACAAUCCAAUCGCCGAAGACAUUGUUUGUACAACGCCCGUCAUGCCCCUCGUCACCUCCAACAACUUCAAUAAUAACCCUAACCCUAUUCAGACUAAAGUAUGUAGUGAACGACAAAGCAGCAGGAAGAAUGUAGUUUGAGUCAUCAGGCUAGGUUACCUCAUCUAUUAGGACCUACUGUUUGAAUGUACUUUAUUAUAACAUACACCAAGUAGAAUAGAUGUAUCUAUUUAUUUUAUGUUCUAAAUAACCUAGUAAUUUAUUUCAACCCAUUUCAAUAUGAUGGCACUUUUGUUCAAGUUAAGUUUACAGUGUAUUGUUAUUAUAAAUCUAUGGACCUACAGGUAGUUUUGUUUUUCUUCAUGUUAUGUCAGUGUAAUGUGUGAAUGUAUUUGAGCUCUUAGAAUGUAAUGAUGAUAAUGUUUGCUCUUUGAUUGUUUGAUAUACCCUCAUGUUUGAGUUCCUAUUGUUAUUUAUUUUAAUCAUGGAUGUUGCUUGUUGUGUUUGACCCCACUUGAUUUGACACUGUUUAUAAAUCAGGCUAUUAUUCUCGCUUGAUCUGUACAAUGUUUUCAGUUGAUUAAGAUUCAAAAACAUUCUUUAAAUGGAUUUAUGGAUUAUGUUAC